AAAAAUUACCAAAAUUGGGUAGCGUCAUCCGCCAUAUAACAACGAACCGAAAGCACUGAAAACCAUGGAAAAAGAUGAAUUGAUACAAACAAUGUUUGAAUAGAACAGAAGCAACGACAGAUCAUCCCCCAAAAUUCCACCUUUGAAUGAAUUGCUACUGAUCAUGGACGUCAAAGAUUCCACCACCGCCUCCGCCACCGCCGCUCCUCCACAGUACCGCCGACCUCCUCGCCUUACAGACGAUUCCGACGACGUUAAGCCGGGGAAUCCGCCACCUAUUACCGCUCAAAAGCCAGAACCUUUGUCUGAACCGAAACAUGAAAAUGAACAACAACACCAAUCCGCCAUUGCGGUUCCCUCUAAGGACCCUGAUGCCUUGGAUAGUGGUGGUGGAAUCAGCUUUGUGAGUGGAAGCAAAACUGCAAGAUUUAAGUAUGGGUAUGCCAGUUUCAAGGGUAAAAGGGCAUCAAUGGAGGAUUACUUUGAAACAACAAUAUCAGAAGUUGAUGGUCAAACAGUUGCCUUUUUUGGUGUUUUUGAUGGUCAUGGUGGUUCAAGAACAGCAGAAUAUCUUAAGAACAAUCUUUUCAAGAACUUAAGUGGUCAUCCAGGUUUUAUGAAAGACACAAAGACAGCCAUAGUUGAAGCAUUUAGAAGGACAGAUGCUGAUUACCUAAGUGGAGAAAAUCCACAGCAAAGAGAUGCUGGUUCUACUGCAUCAACUGCUGUAAUGCUUGGUGAUCGGAUUCUGGUAGCAAAUGUAGGAGAUUCAAGAGUUGUUGCUUCAAGGGCAGGAUCAGCUAUCCCUUUAUCAAUUGAUCACAAGCCUGACAGAAGUGAUGAACGUGAGCGUAUUGAACAGGCUGGUGGCUUCAUCAUUUGGGCAGGAACAUGGCGUGUUGGUGGAGUUCUUGCUGUUUCUCGUGCCUUUGGAGACAAACUACUCAAGCCAUAUGUUGUAGCUGAACCAGAAAUUCAGGAGGAAUUAAUUGAAGGUGUAGAGUUUAUAAUUAUUGCAAGUGAUGGGCUCUGGAAUGUACUAUCAAAUAAGGAUGCUGUGGGUAUUGUGCAUGAAAUAAGUGAUGCAGAAGCUGCAUGUAGGAAACUUGUGCAAGAAUCAUAUGCAAGGGGCAGUUCCGACAAUAUUACUUGCAUUGUUGUACGUUUUGAGGACCAUUAA